AUGGAGAUCGGAAACGACAUAUUGAGGAAGAGAUGUACUAUUGUUGAAGAUAUAGAAUUGAGAUCUUCCAAACGAAGAAGGAAUUUGGAUGACGAUGACGCUUUUUCAAAAAACUUUUCCGCAUCGAGCAAGCUGAAGGUUUCAAAUCGAUCUGAAACUGAAAAUUCAUCAACAGAGAUCUGGAAACCGCUCGUCAUCGACAGUUUCAGUGAAUCAUCUCAAGUGAAAUCGAAAUCUAAAUCAUCUUCUUCUUCUGCAAAGAUGCCUACAAUGGAGGAGAUCGAGAGUUUCUUCUCCGUAAGUGAGAAAUACGAACAGAAGAGAUUCUUAGAAAAGUACAAUUUCGAUGUGAUGAAGGACGUACCAAUGGAAGAAGGUCGUUACGAAUGGAUUCGAAUAAAGUAG